AUGAUUGAGAAACGAGAUGGAAGAGAGCAUAAUGCCCAUUUUCCAAAGCACAGGAUAAUGAAGGGACGUCAAUCCAUUCAUUGUGAAAACUACAAUGGAAAUAGAUCAAUGCUCCUUGGGCACCAAAAAACCCACACAGGGGAGAAAACUUUUGAAUGCUCCAGAUUCAGUCACAGUAGCAAACUUCAGUGGCAUCAGAGAACUCACAAAGAGAAACGUUUUCAAUGUUCAGAGUGUGGAAAGAGUUUUAGUCAGAGUGGCGGUCUUCAACAGCAUCUUAGAACCCACACAGGGGAGAAACCUUUUGAAUGCUCUGAGUGUGGAAAGACAUUCAAGUAUAAAAGCAGUCUUCAACUGCACCAAAGAACCCACACAGGGGAGAAACCUUUUGAAUGCUCAGAGUGUGGAAAGAAAUUCAGUCUGAGAGGCACUCUUCAACAGCAUCAAAGAACUCACACAGGAGAGAAGCCUUUUGAAUGCUCAGAGUGUGGAAAGAGAUUCAUUCAGAGUGGCAAACUUCAGCGCCAUCGGAGAACUCACACAGGGGAGAAAUCUUUUGAAUGCUCUGAGUGUGGGAAGAGAUUCAGUCAGAGUGGCGGUCUUCGAGUGCACCAAAGAACUCACACAGGAGAGAAACCUUUUGAAUGCUCAGAGUGUGGAAAGAGAUUCAGUCAGAGUGGCAAACUUCAGCGCCAUCGGAGAACUCACACAGGGGAGAAACCUUUUGAAUGCUCAGAGUGUGGAAAGAGAUUCAGUCAUAGAAGCAAUCUUGAACUGCACCAAAGUGAACACACAGGGGAGAAACCUUUUGUAUGCUCAGAGUGUGGAAAGAGAUUCAGUCAUGGUGGCAAACUUCAACAGCAUCAGAGAACUCACACAGAGAAAAAUUUUCAGUGUUCGGAGGGGUCUCUUCGAAAGCAUCAGAUAACACACAAAGGGGAGAAGCCUUUUGAAUGCUCAGUAUGUGGGAAGAGAUUCAGUUAUAGUAAAGCACUUCGGUUGCACAAAAGAACUCACACAGGGGAAAAACCUUUUGAAUGUUCAGAGUGUGGAAAGAGAUUCAGCAUGAGAGAUAGUCUUAAAACCCAUCAGAGAACCCACACAGGGGAGAAACCUUUUGCAUGCUCAGAGUGUGGAAAGAGAUUCAGUCAAAGUAGCAAUCUUCAAAGUCAUCAGAGAACCCAUACAGGGGAAAAACCUUUUGAAUGUUUUGAGUGUGGAAAGAGAUUCCGUCUGAGCGGCGAUCUUCAGCUUCAUCAGAGAACCCAUACAGGGGACAAACCUUUUGAAUGCUUUGAGUGCGGGAAGAGAUUCAGUAGAAGUGGCAAUCUUCAACUUCAUCAGAGAACGCAUACAGGGGAGAAACCUUUUGAGUGUUCCGAGUGUGGGAAGAGAUUCAGUAUGAGUCGCCAUCUUCAGCAGCAUCAGAGAACUCACACAGGGGAGAAACCUUUUGAAUGCUCAGAGUGUGGGAAAAAGUUCAGUUAUAGAAACAAUCUUGAAGUGCACCAAAGAACCCACACAGGAGAAAAACCUUUUCAGUGCUCAGAGUGUGGAAGGAAAUUCAGUGACAGGGGGUCUCUCCAAAAGCAUCAGAGAACCCACACAGGGGAAAAACCUUUCGAAUGCUCAGAGUGUGGAAGGAGAUUCAGUGAGAGAGGGUCUCUCCAAAAGCAUCAGAGAACCCACACAGGGGAGAAACCUUUUGAAUGUUCAGAGUGUGGGAAGAGAUUCAGCGUAAGAGGCAGUCUUCAAACCCAUCAGAGAAUCCACACAGGGGAGAAACCUUUUGCAUGCUCUGAGUGUGGGAAGAGAUUCAGUCAGAGUGGCGGUCUUCAAGUGCACCAAAGAACUCACACAGGAGAGAAACCUUUUGAAUGCUCAGAGUGUGGAAAGAGAUUCAGUCAGAGUGGCAAACUUCAGAGCCAUCGGAGAACUCACACAGGGGAGAAAUCUUUUGAAUGCUCAGAGUGUGGGGAAAAAAUCAGUCAUAGAAACAAUCUUGAAGUGCACCAAAGAACCCACACCGGAGAAAAACCUUUUCAGUGCUCAGAGUGUGGGAAGAGAUUCAGUCACAGUCACCAUCUUCAAAAUCAUCUGAGAACCCACACAGGGGAGAAACCUUUCGAAUACUCAGAUUGUGGAAGGAGAUUCAGGGGCUCCAGCAGCGCGACCCCGGGCACAUUGACUCAUCCAGAGGAGCCCCAUUGA